AUGCGAACACCCAACGAUGGGAUCGGUCUCUCUUUCUCUCUCUCUCUCACCACGACGGCGAUGUCGAGCGGGCCGCACCCCCUCCUCCCCACUGAUCAGCACUGGGUCUCGUUGUCGAGCCGCGUAGCUCCAGGCUUCUUUUUGAAGAUGGCGAAAAAGACUAAGGCGAUCGGGCCCUCCCCCCUCGAAAAAGUACGCCCCUGCUGGACCCUCCAGAUCAUCCACCCCUCAUCGAGACGGGAAAACACCACGUCUCUGAAUAUGGCCGAUACCCGGCCUUACGAAGAAGAAGAAGAAGUAGUAGAAGAACAAGAACAAGAACACGACCAGAGCGGCGGCCCCAAGGGCAGCAUAGUCCGCCCUCGUCCAGACGGCCCGCUUCGGGGCUCGCAAAGCAACCCGACUAACCAGACCGGCAGUCCCGUCGGCCUCCCUCUGCGGGUUGUCAGUCCCAUUCGCAGUGUGGAAGGGAGGGGCGACCACCGUAGACCACGCCGAAACAGCGUGUUGUGA